AUGUGCUCAGCAGAGUGUUAUAUGCAUUUGUUAUGCUUGGUGGCUUGUGUCAAUAAAGUCAAUUCCAUUUUGAUUGCUUCAGUUGAUGAGAUUGCUAUGAUGGAAGAAGAGUUGAAGACAAAUACUGAACUUAUCAAGAAACAGGAGAGACUGAUCCAAGGGUUGAAGAAAGAGUUGAAAGACCGGUUAGAAAAACACAAUACUGAAUUAGAGAAGGUGGAAUGA